AUGAACAUCGUACAAGAAAUACCAUCGGAUCAGGCCGAAAUUAUAAUCAUUGGCUCUGGUAUCGCCGCAGCCGCAGCCGCCAACUCCAUACUGGUUGAAACCAGACGUGUGAACAACCUACGGCGCGUUCUCGUCAUUGAGUCCCGAGAGAUGUGUGGGGGCGGAACGGGCCGUGGCAAUGGUCUUUUGAACUGCGCACCGCAUGAGAUGUUUCACAGACUACGGAGUACUAUAGGUCUCCAUCGUGCCGCAGCGCUUGUAAGAUUCCAACUAGCUCAUAUCAAAGUGCUGAGGGAGCUAUGCCAAGAGAUAGAUCGGGGCGAUGGCUAUACGGAGUUCCGCGAGAAGGAGAUGGUAGAACUAUACCUUACUGAACGAGAUUGCAAAAUUGCGUUCGCUAAGGCGCGUUUAUUUGCACAGUGGAUUCCGGAAUUUAAGAUUGCAACCUUUGGCGCGGAUCAGGCGCGAGAGAGGUUCAAUGUGAGCCAGGCAGUGGAAGGAGCCUUAUCCUACGAUUCAGCGACGAUCUCACCAUUCCAUUUCGUCAACUCCAUAUGGAAUACUCUUCUACUCAAGUAUAAACCAUUUCUCUAUAUAAUGACACAUACGAACGUUGUUGCCAUUGACUCAGUCAAGGGAGACCCAUGUAAGUGUGAAAGCCUUAUCGUUUCCGCUCAUUCGACCAAGGACGAUGGCUAUGUGGUCCGAACCACGCGUGGCAACUUCAGAUGCAAUCACAUCGUACACGCUACAAACGCUUUCGCCCCCGAUCUCGUGCCCGGCCUGCGUAGCAAGAUGACCGGGAUCCUCGGAACCAUGACUGCGAUGAGGCCAGGAUUUGGCCUUUUUAAUCUAGGCAAAAGAUAUGCCUGGUCUGUUGUGCAUGGGAAAACAUGUGACAAUGCUAUGCAGCGACCAGCGAACCAGAGAAGUCCGGGGCAUAUUAUUACCAGUGGAGGUUUCUCGCGCGCAGCAGGCCACGGUACAAGCAUGAUUGGCGUGUAG